GACGUUUGAAAUCAAACAGCCUGCGUUUAAACGAAGCGUUCGCCUUUAGUCAAACUUGAUUUUCCUCCUUUGCGUAUUUUGCCUUUUUCUGUGUCCAUCUCUCCAAUUGUUUAUAACAUAAGGACUACAAAACCGGCGAUUGUAUUUAGUUAGGAAAACGUCUCAUAUCAGCGGAUUCCUCAGGUUCUUACUUGUUUAUGUAGCUCGCGGAGAGGCUACAGUUAGCUGGUCGAUGUAGCUGCUAAGUAGCCUGGGUGGGAUUACCUGCUUCAGAGCUGCUUUAGUUUCUUGCAAAUUAUUGGGCUGUUUCGGUUGCUGUUGGACACUGUGCAAUAAUUUAUUUAGGAUAUGGACUCUUCAGCCACGAGAAAAGUGAGCAAAGGCAUCAAACCCCAAAAGCCAGAAAUCAAGUCAAACACUGAUGGGCCGAAACGGGUUCCUGUGUCUCAUCAGUCGCACAUCAUCCAGAAGGCUGUGGUCACACCGGCUCAGCAGCCGCGUGUUCUGGGUGUUUCAAAUGGUCCUCAGCGUGCCCAGCGGCCCGUUAGCCAGCAGAAGCCAGUAUCUCAUGUCUCAGUAGUUGGCAAGCAGACUCCUCCUAGUGACCAGAAUGUAAACCCAGCUGUUUUGAAGGUAACUCCUGCACCACAGCCAAAACCUGUCUCCCAGCAAAACCAGCCAAAGACUCAGACGCCCAGUAGCAACUCUGAUCAGGCUAACCCCCCAGCGGACCUGGCGAAGCAGGAGAAGCAACAACACAAACCUGCCAAGAACAGUGAGGCUUCAUCAUCAAAGAAACCAUGGAGCCUUGAAAAUUUUGACAUCGGCCGUCCCUUGGGAAAGGGCAAGUUUGGAAACGUCUACCUGGCAAGAGAGCGCCAAACCAAAUUCAUCUUGGCCCUGAAAGUGCUCUUCAAGAAGCAGCUGGAGAAGGCAGGUGUGGAGCACCAGCUCAGGAGAGAAGUGGAAAUCCAGUCUCAUCUGAGACAUCCUAAUAUCCUGCGUCUCUAUGGGUAUUUCCAUGAUGCUUCUCGUGUUUAUCUCAUCCUUGAGUAUGCACCCAGAGGAGAGCUGUACAGUGAGCUGCAGCGCUGUGGUAGUUUUCCUGAGGACAGAGCUGCAACAUACAUCAUGGAGCUAGCAGAUGCUCUCCAUUACUGUCAUACGAAGAAUGUGAUCCACAGAGACAUCAAACCAGAGAACCUGUUACUAGGUGGUAAUGGUGAGCUGAAGAUUGCUGAUUUUGGGUGGUCUGUACACACCCCAUCUUCCAGGAGGUCCACUCUGUGUGGAACACUUGACUACCUUCCUCCAGAGAUGAUCGAGGGCAAAACUCAUGAUGAGAAGGUGGAUCUUUGGAGUCUUGGUGUCCUCUGCUACGAGUUUCUUGUUGGGAAACCUCCUUUCGAGGCAAAAACUCAUGAUGAAACCUACCGCAGGAUUUCAAGGGUGGAAUACAGUUACCCCCCACAGGCCGGCAUCAGUGCUGGAGCUAAAGACUUUGUGGCUAAGCUGCUUAAGCAUAACCCCAUGCACAGACUGCCUAUUCAGGGAGUCCUAACUCACACCUGGGUGCUUGACAACUCUACAAAGAAGCCUACCACCUUUAACAUUGAAGAGUCCGGUCAGUGACUGCGCUCCCAGCAGCCUGCCACGUCCACAGUGCGAGGAACCAUCUGAACUCCAAUGGCUCUGUAGUCACAGCCAAUUGACAACUACGUCAUUACUGUAGACUAUAAACCAAUGAACACAGCGGACUACAACAGUGGCACUUCUCACUGUUCAACACAAUGUUUUUACCUCUGGGUGAUAUAUGAAUGUUUGUUUCCCAUUCAUGUAAAGGCAUUACGCAAAAGCCUAUAAAGAAUCCCAUAAUUACUAAAAAACUGAAAUAUUUACCGGAAUAAUAAUGCCAUCAUAACUUAAGUGUAUCUCAAAUUUGAAAUUAUUGGAUCUUUAAUCAGGCUUUUGCCUAAAAGGCUAAUGCCUUUACAUGAAAUGGGAAAUGACUCUCUCAAAAUAUCACUUUGGAGGUAAAAACAAUGUGAACAGUGAGAUUGUCGCUGUUGCUGUUUGUUUCCAGGACUUUCAAAGGGGAUUUUUCACUGAGAUGAUUUGAGUUCAAUUACUGUUUUAAUUACAACUGUCCAGCAGAGGGCGCCAAGCAACCACUAUAACAGUGCCUGUCCAUGGGUUUAAUGUCUUGUAUUUUUUUCUGUUU